GUUAAAGCAUAAGGAUAGUGAUUUUUUUUUUAUAGAAAAAGUUUUGCGCACGAAUUAUAACUGUGAACUACUGUGCCGAUACGACAUCUUUGAAAGCCAAACUAUCGAGAGAUUAGUGUCAAUACCUUUAUUAAAUUCAUGUUAAAGGACACUAGCAAUGUUGGUAGCAACAGUUGUGCUCAUUGUGCUAAACAAGUAAGGGUUGAAAAGUGUCUCAACAACCAAAGGGGCAUCACAUAGCAGUUCCAGACCAGCCUUUCCUUGCAUAUGAAUGAAAAAGGAGAAAAGAAAAGAAAUGAUUUACAAGCAUCAUGUUAUAGUGUAGUGUGCCCGUACUACAAGAAGAAAUAAUAACCUGAGAUACCGAAUAGAAAAAAGAUGUCAAUGAGCAAAUAUAUUCGAAAAGAGGUCCAGUGUAGACGUGUCCAGAACAAUCUUGACGACGAGUCUAUUGCGUUGUUGCUAUCGGAAAUCGAUCAGGUUAGAGAAUAUGAACAUCCUGGAUCCACGACGCAAGACGACACACAUUCAUCUGUUAGCUGUGCUGAUUGUGCCGAACGCAGAAGGAUUGAAAAGGUCUUUGAGCUGACAAUAGGCCUUCAUAUUGAAAUGCCUGGCAACAAGAAGUCUAAAUAUGACGAAGCUAAGCGAGAACGGAAGAGCUGGUAUACGCACCAUGCUAUAAUAAGUAAUAUUAUCGCAAGAAAUGACAGCAUAGUGGAGGUUGAGCUCAUCCAUAUGGCAGAAUAUGAAAAUAAACUCCAACUGUGUAAAACACGCCGCACUUUUGACUUAAAAUACGACGAACUGUAUAUGAUACACUACCUGUUUCCAAGAUACUCGCCGACACAGGUUGUGAGACGGGCUGAGGCCGAGUUAGAGAGAUUUACGCACGCGCAUGAAUCAAAUACAGGAACGUCAUUUUACAAAUACAACAUUUUCACAAGUAAUUGUGAACAUUUUGCGACAUGGUGUGUUGUGGGGAAAGAAGAGAAUUAUGAAAGUUUACAGUGGAUAGAUCAAAUACUUCAGCCAUUCAUUAAUUUAGGUUACAGUAAGCAAGUCAUGUACUGGAUAUCAAAGACAGUAGAAGCCGUAAGACAUAUAUUCGGACACGGAAGUAAGGCAGCGCAUUUCUUCACAAAACUGCUACAUGCAUCAUCCGACGAAAUUUCCGAGAUCCUCAGCGGCGUAAUACCAGGUUGGCUUCCUAGUGCCAGAACAGUUCUAUUUGGAGCAUCUGGAAUAUAUACAAUAUAUUGCUUGUGUACGACCGUAUAUUUGUACCACAGAAAAUGGAAGGCAGCAAUAUGUGAACCAUGCUUCAAUAAACAACUAUCAAAUCUCUGGGCGAAGUUUUCCGUGUAUGGUGUUACAUCUUUUGUGACAUAUUUUAUGGUUCAAGGAAGCGUCAACAUUCCAGUAGUUAUAGGCAGCAUUGGACUUAUCGUUCUCUCCAUAGCUUGUCAGUACUACAUUCCAAAUAUAAGAAAGGCUUUCAUGGCGCCUUAUUGCUGUACCAAAAAGGCGAUACGAAGGCUCAAAGAACUUGAGAUAGGCGAUAUUGUCACACUUUAUUAUUUUUGCCUUCCACACGACGUUCUUAUUACGGAAAUACAUGAGCAGGAAGACGGAAAGAAAGGUGAACUCCGGGCUGUUCAUUACGCAACAGAUGGUCUCUUUUCAACUAGAAUUGUCAAAGAGGAAUACUUCAAAAUAAAUCUACAUUUUCGUAGCCUUUUGGGCUGGAGUGUGCAGCGGCACGAGUGUGCACACUUACAAAGAUUUCCACCGGAAAUAGCCGUUGAACGUGCAAGGAAGCGUGUAGGAGAAACAAAAUGGAAUCCAGUCACAAACCGCUCUGACCACAUCUGUUACUGGGCGAAAAUAUCUCGGCUCAUAAUCAAAGAAGAUACUUGUGACGUGUCGCAAUCCGUAAAUGGAAAGACAGAGUCAGCUCUUCUGAGUUCUUUGUUGAUUGGAGAGUCUGAUGUUCAUCUCAGUGCAGACAUUGAAAUUGGUGAUGUUGUUAGAUGCCGUGAGAAAGAAGGGAUCGUUCUUGAAAAAUCUGGCAGUGAAAGAGAAAUAAAUUUAGACUUGGCUUUAGUUGAAGGGACUGUAAAGUUUCAAAAUUUCAGUAUUAACCUUAAUACUGAAAAUGUUCAAGUAUUGGCGUAUCAUCCUGUCCAUUGUUACGAGAAACCUACACGAGCACAACGUGCGAGGCAUCUCGAAGGGCAAUCAGUUUCGAAAAAAGUGUUCAAGGACUUCUGUAUUUUGUUGGAUGCGUAAUGACAGAGAUGUUUUCAUAUCAAAAUACACACAAUUUUAUAGUCUUUGUUUAACGUUGAUAAAAAAAAUCAAAUAGGAUAGACUUAACAACAAUCCUAAAUUGAAGAAUAGUGAGUGCAUUAAUUCGUAUCAAUAUUGUUAGGGUUGUUUCAAUCUUGUUUGAUGAUUUUAAUAAUGUCUGAAUUUAAGGAUAAUGCAUGUAUUUUCGAGUGUUAGGGCGAGGACAGCAACGUAUCCCGGGGAUACAGAAGUUAUAACAGAAAACGCUGCUCUAUCUAGAAAUGUAUAAAAUGCUAAAUUAAACGAACAGUUUGUGAUUAUAUUUGUUUCAACUCAAAUUAUGCGUUACAAAGCCGAAAUAUGACUUCGUUUUGUCGUGGAGAAUGUAAAUAUAAAAAGAUAUGCUGCCAACACAUAAUUCAUUCACCGUGUUAACAGACGUUUGCUGGUCGUCUGUUGGUCAUAUUUUAUAUGAAAUGAAAAAAGUUUGAACAAUGAUAUAUGUAAUUGUAGUCUUGAUGUUAUUUCAAGUAAAGUAGAAGUGUUGUUACUGCAGCAGUUUAGGCAACGUUGGUUGGCUCAGAUUAAUAGCAUUGUGGGUACAUCUGGUAGGUGGAAUAAUUACCUGCGUACAAACUGUCUUUUUAAGAAAUGAAUUUUGUACAAGUUAAUCAUGCCAAUGCGCCAUAUAGUUAGAGUGAUAAUACAAAAAAAUCGUUCAGAUAAUUAUACAAGCAAAUCACUUUGCAUGGUAAUUGUUUGUAACCAUACGCUAAAUUUUUUAUCGAGACCCAAGCGUCAAAAUUAACAUGGCGUCUGUAAUUCAAAAUGGCCGCCAAGAUGGCUGCCAUUUUUCUUAGACUUGAUUAAAAUGAUUAUUAAGUAAUAUAUUAUGCUGGAAGUAGGAAAAAUCAUGGGUUUUGAUAAUGAAAUAUUUAUAUCUAUUUAUCGAAAAAUUAAGAUUUUGAAAGCUUAUAUUCAAAAUGGCCGACACAAAUCAAGAUGGCCGCCAUAAUAUGGCCAAAAAUUUAGAUUUUCAAAAUAUUUAAAAUAUUUUGCCCAUGUUUCAUCUUUUAUUGGAAAUCUAAUUGAAUAUAGUUCAUAAACGUAAACUUUAACACUAGUCUAAAUGUAGCUCGGCUGAUUCCAAAUUCAAAAUGGCUACCAAAAAUCCCCGUCAGAUUUUAUACUUAUUGAACAUCCCAGUGGUUUCUCAAACUCUGGACAAUUCCAAAACAGGAAGUGAAUGGCUUCCAGCUUCUCAUUUCACUACAAAUUUGAAGCCAGUGACGAAACACAGUGAAACAUAAUAGGCAAUUAGCUUAUUGAAAAGUGACCACAGGAACUGCAUGGUCAUUCAACGGGGAUAUUUUCAUAAUCCACUGUCAUCAAAAAUGAAAAAGGUGCUCAAAUGAAGACAAAUAGAUUGAAAGAAAAGAUUCUGUUCACACAAAGAACCAAGCGAGUUGCAUUUUGGCUUUUUAGAUAAUGUUAUAUAUUAUCAAUUCCUACAUUACGAAAUGCCAAUUUACAAUUUUUUCAACAAAAUAUUGGUAAUAACCCUAAACAUUCAAGAUGACCAUUUAUAUAUUCUCCCAAUUUUACACGUAAAAAUAAUAUUGUUCAACUGUUUUUCAUUUCUUUGUAUAAUGACAAUAUUUAACACAAUGUAAACAUAAUAUUCACUAAGACUGAAUACGGAAUAAAGGCAUGUUGAUAUAUUGACCAAAUAUCUUAAACCACUAUCAUAUAAUGUCAGUUGUGUCAGUAUUGAAUGUAUACUCAUGCAGUGUUGUUAUAUUUUUUGGUUCUUUGAUCCACUCUACCGUAUGACAGAUGCAAAACUUUUGCGGUCUAUACUUGCAGAGGUGGGGGCAGGGGGGACCAGUUAAGAACGAAGUCGUCAUCGGCGAGGUGCAAAGUGCCGAGAUGGGAUAGGUACAGAAUUUGGCCCCUCAGCCCCUGUUGAGGGAGGGGGAUCAGGAAGAUCUCCCCCAUAGAUUUUUACUCGACUAUUCAAAGAAUUGUAGAGCUAUUGGAGUCACCCAUGUGUCGGCAUCCGCGUCCGCGUCCUGAUUUGGUUAAGGUUUUGUAUGUAAGCUGAUAUCUCAGUAACCACUUGUGGGAAUGGAUUGAAACUUCACACACUUAUUCACUGUGAUAAACUGACCUACAUUGCAAAGGUGUCAUAACUCUAUUUUGCUUUUUUACAAAAUUAUGCCCCUUUUUCGACUUAGAAAUUCUUGGUUAAGGUUUUGUAUGUAAGCUGGUACCUCAGUAACCACUUGUAGGAAUGGAUUGAAACUUCACACUUAUUCACUGUGAUAAACUGGCCUACAUUACACAGGUUUCAUAACUCUAAUUUGCUUUUUACAAAAUUAUGCCCCUUUUUGACUUGGAAAUUGUUGGUAAAGGUUUUGUAUGUAAGCUGAUAUCUCAGUAACCACUUGUGGGAAUAGAUUGAAACUUCACACACUUAUUCACUGUGAUAAACUGACCUACAUUGCACAGGUUCCAUAACUCUGUUUUGAUUUUUUUACAAAAUUAUGCCCCUUUUUCGACUUAGAAAUUCUUGGUUAAGGUUUUGUAUGUAAGCUGGUAUCUCAGUACCCACUAAUGGGAAUGGAUUGAAACUGCACACACUUGUUCACUGUCAUGAUCUGACAUGCACUGUGUAGGUCCCAUAACUCUACUUUGCAUUUUUUCAAAAUUAUGCCCCUUUUUUGACUUAGCAGUUUUUGGUUAAGUUUUUGUAUGUAAGCUGGUAUUUCAGUAUCCACCUAUGGGAAAGGAUUGAAACUUCACGCACUUGUUCACUGUAUGAGCUGACAAGCACUGUGAAGGUUCCAUAACCCUUUUUCCCAUUUUUCAAAAUUUUUCCCCUUUUUCGACUCAUAUUAAUUCAAUUGACAAGGCUGUUGAAUAGUCGAGCGUUGCUGUCCUCCGACAGCUCUUGUUUGAUAUACAGGUAUGAAAUGUUGGCCUCUUGUGAAAUUAUCUAGUCUGAAGUUUGAUGUACUGGAGGGUGUAACCCCCUCAUUUUAGCAGGGUCAGGGGGCUCCCCAUGGAAAUUUUUGAAAUACAGGUAUGAAAUGGCAGCCUCCGAUGCAUUUUUGGUCUAAAUUUUGCGCUACUGUGGAAUGUUUCCAUCACUUUAGUGGGUAAGUAGGCUCUCCCCCGGAAAAUUUUGAAAUAUUGGUUUUAAAUGGUGGUCUUUGAAACAUUUUUUAGCUAUAAAUUUUGAGAAAUAUUUCUUUGCCAAAAUAGUUGGAUGCAACUUUGAUGACUGUAGGUAACUUGUUAGGAACUUGGGGAUGGGGUGGGGCACAAGCCUCCUCGGCCUGGCCCUGGAUCCGGGCAUCGGUUACUCUUAUAGACUUUAUUACAUGUUUCAAAGUAAUUUAUCUUCUGUACGUAUCUGACAUUAUGAUUUCUGUUACUUCUUGAAAGUUUGAUGGAAAUUGAUGACAUUUUAAUCUAAUGAGAUAUAUUGAAAAGUGCUAUUGCCAGUGAAUAUGGUUUAUAAGCGUUAGUGUUCUCACAUUUGACACUGACCUUGAAGCAGAGUACUGUAUCAUUAUGCUUAAGGUUUUGGAAAGAUUUCUUGAAAUCCCUUGAAAUUGUCAAUAGUUAUAACUGAGUGUUCUGGACAAAUAGAAUAAAUAGUUAACAUACA